AAGUACUACCUCUACCUGGCCAUGUACGACAACAGCAGGAGCCUCGCGCACGGGCAGAUUCACUGGGGACUCCUCAUUGGGCCUAAGGACGAAGACCCGACCUCGCUCAAGAAGACGCACGGGCUGUUCCACGCCGUGCACGAAGCUGGCAAGUGGAAUUUUGAGAUGCGCACGUUCGAGUGCGUGCGCUCCAAGUCGAUGAUUGGGCGUGUCCUCCUCGGCAAGACCGAAGAGUGCCGGAUGAAAGCAGUGGACGCCGUGCUUAAGGAUGCACGCCGUAUGGUGGCGGAUAACCCGCGCUGGGACUGCUGGUCGUGGGUCGAAGGGGCGUUGAGAGCUCUUCAGGAGACGGAUCUUGUCCAGUGGAAGUUUAGGGGGGCCAUUGACUUGCAGCAUUUGCAAGCGUAUGGGCGACAGUUCUCGAAGGAGAUACAGGAUAAAGGCUUGGACGCAGGAAAUGGGAUCCCCGCGACGGUGGAUUACCCC